AUGUCCGAUGCGUCGCUGAAGAGGCCUCACCCGGAGGAUGAAGAACUGAACGCACAAAAGAGAUCGCGAUCCAACCAUGGCUCUCCCAUGCCCAGUAGCAAUGGCGCGCCCAAAAGCAAAGUCGAUAUUGAUCGCAUGGUCGCCGAAGCCAGGGCCAAGGCCGAGGAGGUCAGGGCAAGACUCCAAGUAGCCAGAGGUGGUCCCGGAGCGAAUUCACCCAGUCCAGCACCGACACCUCCUGCUACUAGCACUGGGACAGCGAUGUCUAGGCUUGAGCAGAUGAGAGCAAGGGUGGCUGCCGCAACUGGGAAAGUGAACGCCGCUAUAUCUCAACCGACAGCGACGCCUACACCCACGUCUAUUGAACCACCACCAACCCGCUACGAGGAUGAUUUACCCAAGGCACGGGGCGGCUUAGGAGUAGGCCUUCAUCCUGCUCUCCUAGGUGAUGCAGGUCAAGACCAGCGAGGGCCAAAGGGUCGUGGUGCUUCCCAGCCUAAAUUUGCUACGACCAUGGCAAAUCGCCGGUCACAGACGCCGGUCGCGGUCUCAAAACAGAAGCCAGGUCUAGACCUGUCAGGACCUUCUUUGGAAGAAAUAAAACAGAAUCCGUAUUACGAUGACAGUCUUCACGCCACGUCGAAGCCCCGUUUAUCGAAGCAGCUCAUUUUCAAUCAGAAAGGGAAAUACAUUGCGCAAGCAGCGGCUUUGCGCCGUCAGGCGCAGAUGGAGGAGAUGAAAAAGCGAAUUGCGAGCAUGGCCCGCCAAGCCGGUGUAGAUGAAGAUUUGAGUCUCGAGAGAGCGUUUGAAGUCCCCGCGCCUCCCGCUUUAGAAUGGUGGGAUGAAGGUUUGGUCAACGGUGAUAAUUAUGCCGCGAUUGACGAUUCGGCGAAUAUCAAAAUCAACACCGAUGAUACUCUUGUCACGAUCUACGUACAACAUCCUGUUCUACUGGAUCCUCCCCAAGAGAAGUUGAUUCCACAGCAGAAGCCUAUGUAUCUCACAUCAAAAGAACAGGCGAAGCUGCGCCGACAACGCCGUAUGGCAGAUUUGAAGGAACAACAGGCAAAGAUUAGGCUGGGUCUCGAGCCAGCUCCUCCACCAAAAGUCAAGAAAUCCAAUCUGAUGCGAGUUCUUGGAGAAGAAGCCGUCAAAGAUCCUACGGCUGUGGAGGCCCGUGUAAAUCGUGAAAUUGCAGAGCGCCGAGAAACACACGAAGCAGCCAAUGCAGAACGCAGAUUAACAAAGGAACAGCGACAAGAGAAACUUGCUCUACAGCAGGAAAAGGACGCUGAGAAAGGAAUAUACAUGUGCGUCUACAGAAUCGACAGUCUUGCCAAUGGUCGCCACCGCUUCAAGAUCAGUAAGAACGCCGAGCAAAUGGCACUUACUGGCGUAUGUGUGAUGCACCCCAAAGUAAACCUCGUCAUUGUGGAAGGUGGCUCUCAUUCGAUAAAUGCGUAUAAAAAAUUGAUGCUAAACCGCAUCGAUUGGACAGAGAACGCUGGUCCAGGUCCUCAACGCGAGGGCAACCGUGAGGCAUUAUCAUCCUGGCUAAAAGCUGAGGACGAAAAUGGUGAAUUGCGCGAUCUCGGUUCCAACAGCUGUACCCUCCUCUGGGAGGGUCAACAAAGAACAAGAGCUUUCAGAAAAUGGUUGGGUGCUCGGGUUUGCGAAACUGACGCUGCGGCGAAGGAAACUCUGACGCGGUCAAAGAUGGAAAACUUUUGGGUAUUGGCAAAGAGCUUCAAGCAAAAUACUUUCUGA